AAGAUACAGAAACACACUUGCGUCUGUCUGCCGCAAAAAUAUUGAAAUCGUUCAAAAGACAGCGGGCUGUCCGCCGAAGACACUUUUUGCGAAGGCAAGCAGAAAUCAUCUCUCUGCUUGCAGUGCGUGUGCGUCAAUCCCGCUUUUCGUCAAGUCACUGCUGAAGAGCCCAGUCAAGAGAAGCGAGCAUACAUUGCAGGCUGGAUUGCAAUUGAGGUGCUGGGAACUCCUCUGAAAGGCUCCUGUUUAGGAAAAAAUGUCUUCAGGAUAAACAGUGUGGGACGCUGGAAGAGGAAGAAAGAGCUCUCAAGAUGAGGAGAGGAAGUUAUGAUGGUACCACUGCCUCCAUACAGCCACACCUGCGUAGUCUGGCACAGAGGAGACAGUCUGCACCAAACCUAGUGCUGGGGAAGGCUUUAGGGAUUACUUGGAACCCGAUAAGGGAGGAAGCUCAAUGUCUGGUGGCGGUGGAUCAGUGUCCCUUCGUGCUGGGAUUGACCAAUGAGAACUCAGAACUGAUUCUGGAUGAAUGUGCUCAGCUGACUGAAGGGCCGAAGGCCAGGGAAAGACACUUCUUCCUCCUCAGUGACUUCCUGGUCAUUGCCAAGCUCAAGUCAAAUGCAAGUUACAGACUGAAACAUAAGAUUGAUCUGAAGGACCUGUGGGUUUCCAGCUUUGAAAAUAAUGUUGAAGUGGCAGAGGAUGAAAAUACAGGUGUUGAUUUAAGGACAUCCAUCGUAUUGGCCUGGUCUGUCUCUCUCUUCCUGGUGUCGUUCCGUCUGCCUGAGAUGAGGGAUCGCUGGUUAGACACUCUACACAGGAAAACUGCAGAGGCAAGAUCGAGAGCAGGCAGCACUUCCCCACCACCCAGUGUCCUAAUGAAGGUGUUGAGUGGCAAUACCACGAAUAAAACUCUAAGUGGAAUUGGGAUGGACACUGUUGUCGAGUUGCCUCUUGAUGGCAAAAUCUCCACCCCCAAUCAGGAGGCACAUGCACAGCAGCCUAUUGGAGAGAACGGGAGCAAAAGGAGCUUGUUUUCAUUCAAGCUGAAGAGAAACUCCACAAAUCCAAGUGUACCGACCAACCUUGAGUCCAAUGCAAAGAACUUGCUGUUUGGACGACAUCUCCAAGAUGACACCACACUUCCCAAACCAAUAACUGAAAUCUUCCUGCUGUUGUUCAGGAAGGGUCCAUUAACUGAGGGUGUAUUCAGAGUCCCAUGUAACAGCAGAAACCUGAGUGCUCUCAGAGAUCAGCUAAACUCUGGGGCUGAGGUGGACAUGGAAGCCCUGCCUGUGACUCUCUUAGUUGGACUGUUGAAAAUCUUCCUGAGGGAUCUCCCUGGAGGUCUGCUGGUAUUUGAGCACUAUGAAAGCUGGAUCAGUGCUUUGGAGAAAGAGAGGACGCAGGACAUUCAAAGUGAGCUCUGGAGAAUGGCCGAGAAGCUGCCCAAAGCAAACAGGCUCCUCUUGCAGCAGUUGCUAUGCUUGUUUCACCACAUCAGUCAACAUUCAGAAACCAACAAAAUGGAUGCCAAAAACCUUGCAGUUUGCAUUGCCCCAACCCUGCUGCAUCGUGAAAGCCAGCCCCUAGAUGUGGAUGAUGUAGAUAAGGUCACAAGACUUAUCCAGUUCCUAAUUGAGAAUUGCUGUGAAGUAUUUGGACAUGCUAUCUUGACUCUACUUGGGGAUUUUGAGGAGCAGGAAUCUAUAGACACAUUGGAUUCAGCAUCCUUGAUGCCACCCAAUAUUAAUUUCAAUGUCCAACGGCAUGACUCAGCAUACGACAGCACAGAUCCUGAUGUUGAUGGUGACUUUGUGGAAGCUGAGCGACAUACUCAGGAUGACAACAUUAUGCCACAUGGAAGCCUAGCCUUAAGAAAGUUGGGACGCUCUGACAUUCAAUCGUGUUCCUCUGACAUCAUAUUUGAUGCUUUCACAAAACCUUUAAAUCGGCGGUGCUCGGAGCCCUCCAUCUUCCCUUCAGAAACCAUGACAGGCUUAAGAGGGCUAGCUCGCAGCCAUGACGACUUUUCCACUGAGAAGGAAGACUUUGAAGACCAACUGCUCAAGAAGCAGAACUCCGAUGAUUCUUUUCUGCAUCUCCACUGGCGUGAGAACAGAAGCUCCACGCCAUCCCUCAAAAAACUGGUUGGGAGUAUGAACAUGAACAUGGACUUGCCCAUUAGUGUGUCUUCUCCUGCAUCUAUGGCUGGUUCCUGCCCAUCCUUCUGUUCCUCAGAUAGUACCUCCUCAAAUGUCUCAGAGAAAUCGAUAAGCAUGUCACCUAUGCCAUCCCCUGCAAGCCCUUGCAAAAGUCAGUCUACAAGGCAUUCAUCAUUUAUAAUCAAGCCUAGAGCUAAUCCUGCUAAAGGAGACCUGGAAGUGAAUCGACGAUCCCUCUCAAUGAGGACCAAAAGCCUUGGAAACUUUGCAUUUAACAGAGGGAGUCUGAAGAAAGGGGACUCCCAGAAGGAAGUUUUCUUGCCAUGUGAAACUCUCCAAGAGGACUCUCAAAACGAGGCAGAGCACUCUAUUGAGCUUGUUCGGCGCCGACGGCCUCUCUCUGCCAUCGAAGUCUUCCAGCAGGUGGACAGUCGUAUGCCGUGCAGCCCCCCAUCCUAUGAGCAGGCGCUGCAAAGUGGAGCCCAACCGGCCCCCCCACAGUAUGGGGCUAUGACAGUCCAACAUGCCCGAGAGCUGGGCAGGAAAUCUCGUCCCAUCUCUAUGAAUGACUACCUAUUGGACAUUAACAUAGUUAAUGAACCCACAGAAAACACAUUUACAGAAAGUGUUCAGUUAGAUGAAUCACAGCUGGUUUCUUUCCGGCAGAGGGCCAUGUCAGAGUCAGUGUCCCAGUCAAGGCAUGAAAGAGUGUCACGCAGGUGUAGUCAACAUGUGUCUGUGGAGUUCUCCUAUGCAAAAGAAUCUUAUGUGUGAGUGUUUCUUCUUUAAUUGUCAUGCUGUUAACUCCUUUCAGCACAGCUUAAACGUAACGUGCGACUGUUAAGAUUAAAUAUUUGACAUAAUAACACAUAGGGGAGAAUUCACUAAACAGUUGCACCACUUUUGCAUGUGGUAUUUCAGUGAAAAAAACCUGCAUCUUAUUCACAAACAAAUCUGCAAUCUAGCUUCUAUAAAAUCAGUGUCAUUCCUUUUUUGCAAAAACACGCCUUCUUUCUAUGUAAAUUAGGCUCAAUAUUGAUUGCACACCCAAGGAAAACUGAAUUUUUAUCUGCCAAAAUGCAGAUAUGCGGUCUAGUCAAGCACACUUUGGUAAAUAGAUUAUGUUAAAGCGUGCAUGCUUAAGAGGUGAUUCAAGUGUCUGGAUCACAUUCGUGGAGUGAUGCUGUUCAGUCCCGGCAGAGAGUGCCAGAUCACAGUGGUCUGGUGCAUCCUCCGCUAAAUAGCGCUCUGAACCGGCCCACAAGAUCGCAAUUGUGCAUGCCAAUUGCAUUCAGCACAGAUGUUGUGGGCACGUUUGCACCUCUGAAUGAUCUGCAAAAUUUCUUUAGUGAAUUGGGAGCUAAACCAGUGCAGAUAGUGCGUGCAACCAGAUCUAAUCUCUGAGUGAAUUCCCCCUAUAUAAUUGAGUGUGUUACCUUAUAACAGUGAUUUUAUAUGCUAAUAUUGAAUAAUUUUAAAGAAACAGUUCACCCAAAAAUGAAAAUUCCUUUAUGUUCCAAACCCAUACGACUUAACUUUAUUUGGUAAAACUCAAUAAAGUCAAAUGAGAACCUCAGUCACCAUUCACUUGCAUUGUAUGGAAAAAAGAUGCAAUGAAAGUGAAUAGUGAAUAGGCAGUCAUUCCAUAAUAAUCUGUCUAACGUGUCCUAUUGUGAUCCUUGGAUGAAAGAAAGUUAUAUGGUUUUGGAACAACAUAAGGUUGAAAAAGUAGAAUUUUCAUUUUGGAUGGAUUACUUUUAAACUCUUGCCAGUAUGAAGCUAUGUAAAUAGACCAUUUACAAUAAGUAAAUUGUAUAAUAUAGUAAAAUAGUUUACAGUGGUAACAAGAUUAAUUAAUUUUUAUAUAGUCAGUAUGUAUAGCUGUAUAUUGCAAAGUUUUGUGUUAUUGCUACUCUUUAUUUCACUACAAUAAAGAAUCUUAGACUUUAGACCACAUUGUUGACUCAAAUAGCUGUUAAGUUUUAUUAAGUCUUUAUUAAGUUCCUUUGGGAUACCAACAUAAAUGCCUUGACUCACUCAUAUUUUGAGGAACCCAGUAACUUUCAUACAGAUGCCACUUGUAUUGCCCUUGUUCCCCAUC